AAAUAGAAGUGUCGGUAUAUCGGGUUGAAGUAGAAUCUCAGAAUGAGGGUCAAAAUGAUCAGGUUUAUCAAGAAGUAUUAAGAGUAUUAAAGCCUGACCCACCUACACAUAUUAUUAAAGACAUUCGGCCGUAUAAAAACAUUGAAUUUACUGAAGACUGGAUUAAAUACGACAACCAGAAGUGUACCUGGUAUUAUAUCGAACAUAUUAGUAGCCGUUUUAGUCAAAAAACCAAAGGGAAGCAUUUAUCACGUGAUUGGAAAG